GAGAGAAGUAAGGAGACUAGUGAGUGGUGACACAAACCAAACAACGGUAACAAAACGCCUACUUGAUUUUAAAAUUAAUUUACCUUCAAAAUUCAAAUUUCAUUGUCAUUUUCGUAUAAAUAACCAUAAAUCCAAGCCCUAAUCGAUAUUAAACCCUCUAACCUUAUAAAAAGUAUCUCGCUGCAACCGUACUGACUAUAUCAAUUACCCAAUUCAUCCUUCAAUUCAACUUGAAUAUAUUCUUCCCCAAUUUUCAUCAAUAGAAAUCCUUGUGGAUUGUGGUUGAAUUGAAUUGGAUUAAUCUGCGAUCCUUCCUUAAUUUUCUCUCUCCUAGGGUUAGGGUUUUUGAUUCUGUUCAUUCGGCCGUAAAAAAUGUCGUUGAGACCUAAUGCUAGGACUGAAGUGCGCCGCAGUAAAUACAAGGUGGCGGUUGAUGCUGAUGAAGGACGGAGAAGGAGGGAGGAUAACAUGGUUGAGAUUCGUAAGAAUCGUAGAGAAGAAAAUUUGCAGAAGAAGCGUCGUGAAGGGUUUCAGUCUGCUGCUUCUCAACAAUUGUCUGCUCAGCCUCCGUUCGAUAAGAAGAUUGAUAGCGUGCCACAGAUGGUUGCUGGUGUUUAUUCAGAGGACAGAAAUGCUCAACUUGAAUCCACUACUCACUUCCGGAAGCUGCUUUCUAUAGAGCGCAACCCUCCUAUUGAAGAGGUUGUUCAAUCUGGAGUUGUUCCGCGUCUUGUUGAAUUUUUGAGCAGAGAUGAUUAUCCAGAACUUCAGUUUGAAGCUGCUUGGGCACUUACAAAUAUUGCUUCUGGUACAUCGGAUAACACCAAGGUCAUCAUUGAUCAUGGCGCUGUUCCAAUCUUUGUGAAGCUUCUCAGUUCACAAAGUAAUGAUGUUCGUGAACAGGCUGUUUGGGCCUUGGGGAACAUUGCUGGUGAUUCACCAAAAUGCCGAGAUUUGGUUCUUGCGCAUGGGGCUCUAGUGCCAUUGUUGGCUCAAUUCAAUGAACAUGCCAAACUUUCUAUGUUGCGCAAUGCUACAUGGACCUUGUCGAACUUCUGCAGAGGCAAGCCACAACCUUCAUUUGAACAGACAAAGCCUGCACUACCUGCUCUUGAGAGGCUAAUUCAUUUGAAUGAUGAUGAAAUCCUUAUGGAUGCUUGCUGGGCAUUGUCAUAUCUCUCUGAUGGUACCAAUGACAAGAUCCAAGCAGUGAUUGAUGCUGGGGUGUGCCCUCGGCUUGUGGAGCUUCUGCUUCAUACUUCUCCUUCUGUUCUCAUUCCUGCACUUCGUACAGUUGGAAAUAUUGUUACUGGUGAUGACAUGCAGACUCAGUGCAUUAUUGAUCAUCGUGCUCUUUCUUGCCUUCUUAACCUGCUGAACCAAAGUUACAAGAAGAGUAUAAAGAAAGAAGCUUGCUGGACCAUUUCCAACAUCACUGCCGGAACAAAGGAGCAGAUACAGGCUGUGAUUGAGGCUGGUAUUAUAGCUCCUCUUGUCAACCUCCUCCAAAAUGCCGAGUUUGAUAUCAAGAAGGAGGCUGCUUGGGCUAUAUCAAAUGCUACUUCUGGAGGUUCCCCUGAUCAAAUAAAGUUUUUGGUGAGUCAGGGAUGCAUCAAGCCAUUGUGUGAUCUGUUGGCUUGCCCUGAUCCAAGAGUUGUGACAGUUUGCUUAGAAGGUUUGGAGAAUAUAUUGAAGAUUGGGGAAUCCGAGAAGAAUUUGGGUACGUCAGGAGGUGUAAAUGUAUAUUCUCAAAUGAUUGAGGACGCUGAAGGUUUAGAUAAAAUAGAAAACUUGCAGACUCAUGACAACAAUGAGAUUUAUGAGAAGUCUGUGAAGAUUCUGGAGACCUAUUGGGUUGAUGAUGAUGACGAAACGUUGCCUUCUGCUGAAGGCGCGCAAAAUGGCUUCCAUUUUGGUGGAAAUGACCUUAAUGUUCCACAGGGCGGAUUCAAGUUUGGUUAAAGGAUUUGCAGUUUGUUCGUCAGUUGAAGUCUCGAGUCAGAUGGCCGAUACAUUUAGAGUAUAUCCAGAUUGUUGUCGGUAGAGUCCGGUCCAACCUCAACCAUGUUCGUGGUGCUCGCUAAGCACGUCAACAUUGGUGAAACACCAUCUUCAAUGGGGGAACAUAAUUUUUUGCAGAAGUCAGUCGAACACAGCGAGUCAUGUAGCUGUACCAGUUUAUGUGGGUCGUUUUGGAGUUAUAUAGUUAAGGCUGUGUAAAUGUAUUUUUCGGUAAAGAGGCAUCGAUCUCUUAUACUACGGGUUUGUCCUUGUAUCUUGGUCGUCAUCAGUCAAGGAAGCCCUUAUCUUGAGGGCCUUAUUUCGCUCGAUGACACCAAACCAUUCGUGGAGUAACUCGAGUCUGUUAAAAAGUCGCACGGUCUUAAAAUGUUGAGUUUUUGAGCUUAUUUUUUUUUAUAAAUGGAAUUCUGAAUUAUUUUGAAAUAUUCUCCAAUCAUUAUGCCUUACAUGUCUUCAAAUGCUCUAUGUAGGAGCCAAGUUUAUGGAUUGGUUUUUAAAUUUCUAAA